AUGCCCCAGCGCACAGCUUUCUCGACGCUGCCGGCGGCGUCGCUAAGCGUGAGCAAGCGGUUUGCAUCAACGACGAGCGACAGGGCGGAUGCACGCGGGACCUGGAACAGCGGCAAGUUCAACUUCUUCGGCGCCUAUCGCGUGUUCCGGCGGGAGCGCAGCGCCAACCGGAGCAGGCAGUACACGACGUUGUCCAUGUACCUGGAUAUGCUACCACCCGGCUUUCGCGAGCUGCUCCUGUGGUCCCCGCUGUUUGCGCUGUUGCACUUCACGUGUCGGCAGGCCCGGGUCUACUACCUCGACGAGGAGGAGCCGUGGUACUACGUGGCGCUCCCGCGACGGUGGCGAUGCCGGCCCGACGGGGAAGGCAGCGGUGUGAUGGCGCAUGUGUCGUCGCUGUUAAAGCGGGCGCCGCCCUCCUCGACGCCGACGACGACUGUUGUGGUUGAGGCGCAUCACCCUUCCGCGACACCCUCUUUGCCAAAUGCAAGCCGAGGGGCUGAUAGCCAGGGGAGCGGAUCGACGACGACCAUCGUCACUACAACGUAUGCGUUUCGCGCGGCUGGUGUGCAGGACGACGCCGCCGCCGUGGCGGGUGCCCCUCUCGCCGGCUCGCCCCCGGUCGCUUCCUUCCACGAAGUCCGCGCCCAUCGUGUUCACGCGGAUCAGGGCGCCUCGCCUGAAACGAUGGCGUCGACUCCACCGCCGGAGGAGACGUACCGCUACGGUGUGUGGGGUGCUCCGCUGGUCGUGAUUCGUAACCCGGCUACACAGCGUGUGAUUGGGUACACGACGGACGGGUAG